AUGGCGGAGUACAGCUCUCUGCUCGCUGACCUCUCAGAGAACAUCACAAAUGAGGACCUGGAGCAGCUGAAGUCUGCGUGUAAGGAGGACAUCCCCGAGGAGCAGAGCAACAACAUCACCUGCUCCAAAGAGUGGUUCAGCUACCUGGAGAAGCACGACAAGCUCGCACAAGACAAUCUUUUGUACAUUGAGCACAUCUUCGAGAUAUCGCGACGGCCCGACCUCCUCACCAGAGUCAUCGAGUAUCGAACCACCGUCCUGAAAAUAUCUGAGGAUGAGGAAAUAGACACCAAACUCACACGCAUUCCCUCCGCCAAGAAAUACAAAGACAUCAUCCGCCAGCCCUCUGAAGACGAGAUCAUCAAACUGGCUCCACCGCCUAAAAAAGUCUGA